AUGGAAGCUGACGCUGAGUUGAGCAAUAAGCUUCCUCAUCAUGAUGAUGAUCUGAGGUAUGAAGGUGGGCAAGAAGACUAUGCGCCGGUGAGGAGCUUCGAUGCAUUGCGGUGUAUGUUUUGGAUCAAGACAGUGCAGCUGUGGAAAAUAGCAGGUCCGACAGUGAUCACUAUGUUGUGUAUGUAUGGGACUAGCUCGGCUGUGGUUCUCUUUGUUGGUCAUAUAGGAGCUGUAGAGCUCUCAGCCGUCUCCAUUGCUCUCGCCAACAUUUCCACAUUCUCUGAUGGAUUCCUGCUUGGAAUGGGGAGUGCUCUUGAGACCCUGUGUGAGCAGGCAUUUGGAGCUGGGAAAAUUCAUAUGCUUGGGAUUUACAUGCAGCGCUCAUGGAUAAUCCUAUUUGUAACCACCCUCUUCCUCUUGCCAAUUUGUAUCUUUGCCACACCUGUUUUAAAGUUGCCAGGCCAAGAAGAUGGCAUAGCCAAUCUAGCUGGAGAAUUUACAAUCCAAACCAUUCCUUCAUUGUUCUCACUUGCCAUUAAUUUUCCAGCUCAGAAGUUCCUUCAAGCUCAGAGAAAGGUUAAGGUUCUGGCAUGGAUUGCAGUUUCGGGUUUGCUCAUACAAAUUGGACUGCUCUGUCUCCUCAUUUUGGUGUUUAGUUGGGGCACAUUGGGUGCGGCUGUUGCAUUUAACAUUGCAAGAUGGGAGAUUGCAAUUACUGAGCUUGUGUAUAUAAUGCGUUGGUGCAAGGACGGCUGGACCGUCAUGGUUGGCUUUCAAGGAGAUGUGGGCUUUUGUAAGACUUUCUCUUGCCUCUGCUCUCAUGCUCUGCCUUGA